AUGCACCAGACAAAGACAGAGUCCAUCAAACUCCUCGAUCUACCUUUCGAAAUUCGCUCGCAGAUCUUCAAGGAUGCACUCUCACAAUCCGUGGAAGUAGCAGCCUGCAGCUGUGUCGAAGUCAGGAAAUCCAAUCCAUUCACCGGAAAUUGCACAAGCGAGGGCGACCUGCGGCGUUAUGUUCUGGAUCUCUCAACGCCUAUCCCAGCAGAUCGUCAGACCUACCACGAGACUUCGGACAUAGCUGCUCUGCAACCAACAAGAAACACGGUCUUGGUGCUGGGCGGUACGAGGUGUCUGCAGAUAUUUUUGAGGAAUCUACCGAAACAGCAUCCCAGAACUAUAUCGCUACUGCUACGCCUCUACGUAUCUAACGAAUGGCUACGGAACUGCUGGGGCACGGAAGCGUCUUUACGCUACAUGAACAGCAUGAUUGGUGGUCUUGGGAUCGGCACUGGCAAAUCAUUCACAACAGAGACCAUGUGUACUGUGUUGUUGCCAAAGGAGGAGGGCUCGGAUCUGCAGGUCAUGGAUGUGAGCGUCAGGCUUACCAUGUUGACGAAACUGUAA